CCAAUUCCAACUCUACCUAGCAAGAUGAUGAAGUUUGUGCUCAUCAGUGCCGCCCUAGUUGCUGCCGUUUGUGCCGCUCCGGCUGACAACAAGUCUGGCCAGCAGGCGGGCAGUGGAGGCCGUACCGAUGGCCUGGAUCAGGCCGAGUCAGCCUGGAACAACCCGAACGCGUGGAACGCGCAGAACACCUGGAACCGGGAUCCCGCUACCUGGAACCAUCCGAACGCCUGGAACCAUCAGGGCGCCUGGAACCACCCGUCCGCCUGGAACCGUGGUUACAACAACCGUAAUGACAUGACCACUGCCCGACCAGGUUACGACCCCGCUAACCGUUGGGCUGCCGGAACGGACCCGUGGAACCGUUGGGGAGCUGCCGGAGCCGGUGCUGGAUGGAACAGCUGGGCCGGACGUGGUGCUGCCGCCCAAUGGCCAGCUGGCGCCGCCACUGCGAGCCGUUGGAAUGCCUGGUAAACCGUCGCCGGUGGACUUAAUCGUGCCGAUCUAAUACACAAAAGUGCCCGUCAUUGGUCUGUUUUUACCAUUUUUGUAAUCGGAAAAAUAAAUGUUUAACUCAGCA